AUGGCGCACCAAUCACCUCCUCGAAGGAGAUACCUACAAACCCGGGCUAGGGCAGAGUCCAUAACACAAUCCCAGCAAACCAGCACGAAAUCGACUCCUGGAUCAUGGAUCAAGUCCAAGAUACUGCCAUGGAUUGCCCCUUGGUUCCAGCCUCAUCGAUCCUACGACCCGGAAGAGUCGUUUAUCCCAUUUCCCAAGGUUACAUUCCUGGUAGAUAAGCCAAUCAAAAUCCAGUGUCAGAUAUGUCAUCAAGCGAACUGUCAGAUUAAGCCAGAUGCGGAGCCGCCUGACGAGUCUCAGUUCAGUUUGAUGCCGUGUGGACAUGCUGCUUGCUCAAACUGCCUGGAACAGUGGUUCAAGACUCAGAAGACCUGUCCCUUCUGCCGGGCCAACCUUGUUUAUGGGUGUGGACACGCAGUUCCGCCCAGGCCCUUGACCGAAGAAGGACUUCAUAUGAUUCCGAAGACAUUGCCAGAUCGGGGCUGUAUCCCAAAUUUCUGUGUACAUUGCCGCAAAGCAAUACAAAUGGAAGAAGCAAAAGACAAGUUUAGACAAGCCGUAGAAGAGUUUGAAGCGGCAAGACAGCGCUUCUCCCAAACUCAAGCGGCGGCUGAUGAGCUCAUCAUGCUAUCAAAGAGAGACGAGUUUGAGACGGUGUAUCAGGACGUACACUUGAACCUGCUCCGCACGUGGUUGACAAGAUGGUAA